AUGGUAAAGCAAGUUGAAAAGGUGGUUAUGGAUGAAAAUGAUGUAAAAUACAAGAUAAAGAAACAGAUCUUAAACCUUUACAAAUCACUGGUAGUUAUUAUGCUGGAUGACAAACCAGAAAGGGUGGAGAAAUCAGAUGCCAUAGAAAUGUUCAAAAGGCAAAUUGACAUGUAUUUGAAGAGGACUACAUUUUUGGAUGAUGAGGAAAAGCCUGGGUGUGGGACUAAACUGGACAUCUCUUUGAAAGAGCUGGCACAAAGUUUGAUCAUUCUAAAUACCUUAGCUAUUAAUAAUUUCUGUGGGCGUUCAUAUAAAGCAUUCUCUUUCAGGGAGUAUGGAGCAAUUGACGAUGUGGACAUCGACUUGCACAUUGAUGUCAGCUUUCUUGAUGAGGAGAUUGCUGUUGCUUGGGAUGUAAUUCGCACAGAACCAGUGAUAGUACGUCUGCAUUGCUCUCUCACGCAGUAUUUAAAUGGCCCAGUUCCAACAGUUGAUGUUUUCCAGACAUCAACAAAGGAUCGAUUCGGACUGGGACAUCAGUUGAAAAAAAUAAUGCAGACUUUUGUUACACAUCAGUGGAAGCAGAACAGCAAAGAGAAGCUCAACUGUCCCCAUGGUAAAAAGAUUAGUGAGAAGAAAGUGAAAUCUCCUCUACACAUUUUUUCAUCAUUGCGCAGGUCGCCAAGUUAUCCUCCACCUGGAUGUGGGAAAAGCAAAUCAAAGUUGAAACCAGAACAGGAUGGAAUUACCAAGUCUCAGAAACUGUUAAAGAGGAGCUGUUCAAAUGCUAUCAAGGUGGAAGAUGGCUGUGACUCCAAACCCCACAAACCUCUUGGCCGUUCUUUCACCAGUGACACCAGAGCUGAACAGGCUAAUUCUACAAAGCCACAUAAACUUUUAAGUCGGUCAUGUUCUGCUACCGUGAGGCUAGAUGAAAAUCUUCCUUUGAAGCCCCAUAAGUUGCUGAGCAGGACAUGUUCUGGUGACCCCAGAUGUGAGCACAACAGUGCCCCAAAGCCUCAUAAGCUGCUGAGCAAAUCCUGCUCCAGCACUCUGAAGACAGAGGACUCAGAUGGACUGAAACACCACAAACUGCUGAGCAGAUCCUACUCUAGCAAUGCCAAAGUGGGUAAAACGGAGCUGUGUAAAGAACCCACUUCUGAGGGUAGAAGACUCUCACUUACCUCAGGUCUUAUUGGCAUAUUAGCGCCUUCCUCUUCAUCACAGCCUACACGAGUUGUUGUGACCUGGAGUGCACUGUCUGAUUGA